AUGAGAGAUUUUAUGCUUGAUGGAGGUGCAGGACCAAGCUUUAUACUCUUGCGUUCAGUAACAUCAAUGUUUCUACUCGCGUAUAUAAUAUAUACGGAACCUCAAUCGUCAGACACAGAAACGGACAAAGAUGUUCGUAUAAUUACGCUUAUAAGGAACAAUUCACGCAUAAACUGGGUGAUGCUAUGUGGGUGUGCUUGCGGAGCACUAAGACAAUCUAUCUUGCCUCUUGCUAUGGAAGGAUCGGAAGCAUCAACUGUGGGUAUAAUUUCACCUACCAUACCCAUGGUAACUGCAGUAUUUUCACAUAUUCUAAGGGUUGAGAAAUUGACGAAGGUUACUUGUUUUUGCCUCUUUCUUUCAACAAUUGGCCUUACACUGGCAUUGAAUCUCUGGGAUAGUUUGGGAGAGACUACUUUAGCAACCUACUUUCUUUUAAUGAUGAUACCAAUCACAAAAUCUCUGCAGGUUGUAUUUUUGAGAAUUGCACGUGAUUGUUUUGACUCAUUUUCACUCGUAAAGAACCAAAUCGCAAUAUCAAUAGUAUUCUGUCUUCCUGGAGCCUUUUUAUUUUCUUUAUUUCAAUCUGGUGGCAUAUAUUCAUCAAUUGAAACCAUAUCGAAUCUUAGUUGUUUGUUUCUGUUAAUACGUUAA